UGACUUGCCCCUACACCUAGGAUAUAAACUUACCAUCCUAGGGCCGGCCUGCACUUACAAGGCCACGGCAACCGAGACAAGCUGACCUGCCAGGCACUCCUGGAACUGAUAUUCUAAUCACCUCCUGGGCCCAGUCUGCCACCUGCCUCAGCUCCCAGGACAAAGGUCAUCUGGAUGCUCGAUAGAGGCUCUGGGGCAAGGAGGCCAGGUUCUGAGAUGGCGUCGCCACUAGAGAAUCACUUGAGUCCAUGCUGGGGACAGAGGCAGCCACUGGUCCAGUGAUACCCUCACAGCAGCGUGGUGUCAUCAUCCGCAUUUCUCAGACGACGAUGGUUGGGUAACUGCCCCAAGGGAUAGGGGACUUGGGGAGCCGCCACGAACGAUAAUGACAAUGCAGCUCUCGCCAACUCCAAGGAGAGCAGGCACCUCCACCUGUCGCCUCCCAGCCUGUGCAGGGAAGCACUUCCUUAUUUAUCCUCCCCAAGGACAAACUGCUUGUGACUUGCCCAGCUGCUCAGGGGCUAUUUUACCUCCUCUUCGGCUUCGUCCUGGCUGCCGUUGGGCUCCCCGUGGGACUGCCUCCUUCACCGCCUGUGCCUCUCGCCGUAACAGGACAAGUUGGAGUGACUGUUUCCACACCAACAGAUGUUAUGCGCCAAGGAAGAAAAUAUGCUAAUCAAAAUCAGCUUUGGCUAAUUGUAGCAAUUUCCCUUCUGCGCAUUGCCCUGAAAUAGUAGCCACGCUCUGUUCUUUUUUCACAUCAGGGAGCCCCAAAUUGGCAGCUUAAAUGAGGUUGCAAAGAAGUCAGUUAAACAGGCCUUUUUGCUGCCAGUUACCAUGGAUGAAGCCGUGAACAUGCUCUCCUGGCAGGCUCUCCAUACAUCCUGACAAAGAUGGCCUCCAGCAGGCACAGAGCCUGCCAGCUGAGCAAUCCUCACAGAGAAAGCCAUUCAUAGAUGCACCAGGAUGUGGCCUGAGAAGGUGAAAUGUGGCCACGGGACACUGUGAAGAUGGAUCACAUGUCUCCCAGGCUGAGAGCCUUCCUCUCUGAACCCAUUGGAGAAAAGGAUGUUGCCUGGGUGGACGGGAUCAGCCGUGAGCUUGCAAUCAAUUUGGUCACCAAAGGUUUCAACAAGGCCUACAUCCUGUUGGGACAGUUCCUUCUGAUGCACAAGAACGAAGCAGAGUUUCAGAAGUGGCUCAUCUGUUGUUGUGGUGCCACCGAGUGUGAGGCCCAGGAGAGUUCUCAUUGUCUGAAGGAGUGGUGCUCCUGCUUCCUAUAGACACACACCUCCUGGCUCUGAUGCCUGGGUAAACAGCGCACUCUGUACUGGCA